GACUGGGCUUCUCUGGAGAUGGCACAGUCAAAACAGUGUUGGGGGCCACAGUUGGUGUUUUGUUGGUACUACUGCUAUUGGUGACCUCUGUUGCACUGGUAAACACUUGUGUUGCUUUGAGAAGGAAGAACAAGCAAAGCAAACAAGGCGAAUCGUACCCAAGGGAUAAUCGUCAAGACAACCCAGAUGGUAAAGGUACGGAAGUGAACCCAGCUUAUUAUGCAGUCAAGUACACUCAAGGGGAGGAGACCUAUGAAACUGUGCAUUAGAUUAUAGCUCCUAAAACAUGCAUAAAUAAACAGACUAUUUAUUUAUUUUUCUGAGUUUUGCACGAGUAUAGUGAGUUAGAUCACAUGACAUGAAAUAAUUAUGAUGAUACUAUUAUUGUAUAAACUGUCACUGGCGUCCUGUAUUGAGGUAGCAAAGUCACUGAGUAACUCCCUGCAUGUCAUGAAUAUAAUUAACACAAUAUCAGCCAAUAGUCACUAAAUAAGUAGCACAGUUGACUGCAAGGAAAAUCUAAUUAGCUAUGAACCUGUGGAUUGUCAUGGAGACUCCUUUUAUAGCACUCACACUAGUACUCAUCACUACUGUACAAGGUGUCAGCAGUUGCACUAAUGGAGAUGUUGAGCUUAUCCAGGACCCAGAUGAUACUAGGAUAUUUGGUUAUGUCCAAUACUGCUUCAGAGGUGAAUGGGGGAGAGUAUGCAGAUGGAAUAGACACAUAACAUUGUGGGAUGACAGUGAAGCUACAGUUGCUUGUAGGCAGCUGGGAUAUUAUAAUAGAUCAAUAGGAUAUGCGUAUGUAAGUCAUGAUAGCACCUGGACUGGAGGAUUUGUCUCCUUGAAUUGUAUGAAUGGUAUGGAGAACUCCCUUGAAGACUGCGAUCCGUAUAGAGUUAUAACUGACAGAGAGAAUACCUGUAAGAGUGGCAAUCAGGCAAGGCUACUCUGUGAGCCAGCUGACUGUACUGAUGGGACCAUAAGACUGGUGGGUGGAUCCACUGGCAGAGAGGGACGAGUGGAGGUAUGUGUGGGUGGUCGCUGGGGAACUGUUCAAACAAAUCAGUCUUUGGAAGUUGCUCAAACUGUUUGCAGGAGUCAAUCACAAAGUUUGAGCUUCUACAGUACAUCAUCCUGUUACGUUGCAAGGUUUGGCUACAGUCUCUCAAAGCCUGUUUACAAAUGUUCACUAAACACUAAUGGAGGACUGGAGUGUCUAAACUCAACAACCCCUGAUGAUCAUACCAGGGACCUUGGAGUCUCUUGUGAAUCUGAACAACAUGUGCUGACGUGCUCUGACCUUCAAAGUGGUCAGUUCCGACUAGUGGAUGGGAGGAGCCACAACGAAGGCAGACUGGAAGUGUGUGUGGGCUGUCAGUGGAGAGGGGUCAGCACUACUAGUCUGAGCAACACAACUACUGGAGAGAUUUGCACUCGACUGGGCUUCUCUGGAGAACCCACUGUGAAGAGUUUUGAACCAACUGGAGGAGAUGUGUACUGUUGCAAUACUGAACUCCACUGCACUCAAUGCAAUAAUUGCAAUCAAACAAUGAGUGUUGCACUAUUAAAGUGUCGUACAUAUCAAGAAACUACAGAUUCUGAAAUGUUUAGUAGUCAAUACUCCACAACCAUGCCACCAACUACAAUGAUACCCAUCACACCACCAAGCUCAGGAACAACAACAAGCACCACUGAGACUACUACAGCACAGCACAACCAGAGCACUGCAGCAGAGAGCCCUAGGCCUGAUGAUGGUGGAUCUAUAGCUGCUGUGAUUGUUGUUCUAGUGUUGGCAAUGGCUACCGGAUGUAUAAUCAUAUGUGCUGUUGUUGUUUGGAAAAGAAUCACUGCUCGCAAAAAUAGCAUUAAACUGAGUAAAAGCUACACUGAUCAGCAAGUGGUAGAAGGUGAACAACUUGACGAUGUAACUGUACUUGUUAUGCAUAACUACAGCACGGCAGGUCCUGACUACGAAGAUGUAACCACAAAUCAGCCAAAAAUAGACACCUAUGAUGUAAUCGGUCACAAUCAGCCAAGGUUGAGUGAAGCUCAGGUAGCCAAUCAACCACCAGUAAGAGAUGAAGCUAUCGAGAAUCAAGAUGACUUUCACAAUGCUGAGCAGCACCUUUACGCAGUUGUCAACAAGAAAGCCAAGAAAAGGUCGUCACCUGAUGAGAGUCCAUGUCACAAGACCUUCGAUACCAUCGCAAUGUUUGAGGGAGGAGAAAUCUGAGUCAUGAAUAAUUACUAUAGACUGUCAAAUGCAUAAAAACAGUUGUGACUGUGGAACGAUUUACUAGUCUAGCUGUAAAGAUAGCGAUAGCCUCAUCAUUAUUUUGUGUGUGUGUGUGCUGCCUAAUCUCAUUUGAAAAUCUGGUACAGGAGCAUCGUACCUACAACUUACA